AUUUAUGAACAGUUAAACACAAAGGCCAUAUCCGCCGGCAUGUCGGUAGGGUUUGGGUUUUGGUUCCCGCCAUAAAAUAUCAGUUGUAAAAGAGAGAGAAGAAAAAAAAGAAAACGCCGUCGGAGACGCUCUACAAAACUUCAAGUCCUCAACCAUCCUCGAUUUAAUUCCAUGUUAAGCCCUCAACUUAAACUGCCAAUCUUGGCAUGAAUUAUCAUAGCACCAGAAUCCAACCCACAGAGGAUUUGCUUGAAGUUGCCACGUUUUACGCGAACAUACGUGUAUGCUACCAUCACAUUGAAUUUGUAAUAUAUCUGAGGACACUGUGUGGAGAGAGGAGAGACAGAAAGAGGAUCCGUGUUUGUGGUUUGCCUGGAAUACUGGGGACAUGCUAGGCCCACUUGCAUUUUCAGAGCUUUGAAUAGUAGCAAAAUGUCAUAGCAUGUUGGAGGAAGUUGUUGACAAUUCAUGAUGCAUAACAUAAAGAAUCCUCCAUGUGGGUAUAGUUCUGGGACUCCAAGAACGUCUUUGCUAAAAGAAUCUUGUGGAAGAGAUGAAACGGACAUUAACUUUCAAAUCCACAGUAUGGAAAAAGAGGCAUACUGUUCUGUUUUGAGGGCUUUCAUCGCUCAGUCUGAUCUCCUUUCCUGGGGUAAGGAGGGGCUCAUUACUGAGUUGCGGAAGGAACUUAAUGUUACGGAUAUUGAACAUGGUCAACUGCUUGUGAAAAUUAAUUCAGAUGAGGCAAUAAAAAGAAUAAGGGAAUGGCAGAAAGGUGCUCAUGAAUCACUUUCUGCCAAAGUGGAUUCUCCUGGCCUUGUUACUACUCCAGUGGACCAUAGUCCACAAAAAAAGAGGAGGCCUUCUCAUCCUCCUCUUGCAAAAUCUCAGAAAUAUGUUCUACAUGAUCAACCUUCUUCAUCAACUAUACCCUCUCUGCCACCAGCAUACUUCAAGGACAAGCAACAUGUUGAGUUCAACAAUCAUUCUGUGAAGGUAGUAAAUCACAAUGUACCCCACGGUAACAAAGGAGGAUUAGCACAGUCUCGUUUCAAAAGGGAUAUUCAUGUACCUGAUUCUGGUAAAUUCAAGAAUCAUCCUGAUUUCAUUCAGAUUCGUGCAACAGAUACGGUUAUUCAUGAGGUUGAGAUGAUGGCCUAUGGCUAUGGCAGAAAAAACCCUGACCCCAUUCAACUUGAGAAGGCAAAGUUGAUUCUGAGAGAGCAUGAAAGAGCUAUCCUUGACGUACUGAAUAAACUCUCUGAUGCGUCAGAUGAUGAAUGUUUGACAGCCAGUGACUUCCUCGGCUACAAGGUGGAAGGUUUUUAUUAGACACAUUCUGCCAGGGUGAAUGCCGAUAGGCAAGCUGAUGAGCAGACUCGUUGACUGGGGCUGGGGCUGGUUCUGGUUAUUCAACCAUAUGUGAAGUCAUUGUAGAUACUUAGUAUAUGAUGACAGUAGAUGACAUUUCAAUCCUGUACACAGUUGAAGACAAUCUAGACAUAGAAAUGGUAGAUAUAGGCCUGCCCAUUUUUUCAUUCAUCGGGGUAAUCUUUUGUUUAAUAUGGCAUUUGCUCUACCCUUCUGGGGCCUUGAUCGAAUACAUGUAUGGCUUAUUUUGUGGUUAA